UCUAUACUUAUGUCAGUUUAUAUUUGCUUGGUUUGGUUGGGGCGUUGUAAAUUAAAGAAAAUUGUUAGGAUGUUUGAAUUCAAUAAAGUUCCAUAAAAUACUAUUCAUAUUUAGCAUUAUCUCAACCAAAACAUUUCUAUUCUGUAAUAAAAUGCUUUAAACGGUGGUAAUCUCGCUGCAGUUUGGAGACCAUUAUAGCCCCUGGAAUUGAUUUGAAAAGUAACUCUAUCAAAAAUAAGUUAUGCCGGAACAAAGUAAUGAUUAUCGUGUUGUAGUAUUUGGUGCUGGUGGUGUGGGUAAAAGUUCCCUUGUACUACGAUUUGUUAAAGGAACGUUUAGAGAAUCUUACAUACCUACGAUAGAAGAUACAUACAGACAGGUGAUAAGCAGUAACAAAACAAUAUGUACCCUGCAAAUAACUGAUACAACUGGUUCACACCAGUUUCCUGCAAUGCAGAGAUUAUCUAUAAGCAAGGGACAUGCAUUUAUAUUGGUUUAUUCUGUAAGCAGUCGACAAUCAUUAGAAGAAUUAAAGCCAAUAUGGCAGACAAUAAAAGAAAUAAAGGGUGUGGAACUCCCAAAUAUACCUGUUAUGCUAGCAGGUAACAAAUGUGAUGAGAGCCCCGAGAUAAGAGAAGUGUCUGUGUCAGAAGGCCAAGCACAGGCUCAAGCCUGGGGUGUAUCAUUUAUGGAGACUUCAGCGAAAACAAAUCACAAUGUUACUCAACUAUUCCAGGAGCUACUCAACAUGGAGAAGAACAGAAAUGUCUCACUUCAAGUAGAUGGAAAAGGCAAGAAAAAAAAAGAUAAAACUGUCAAGGAUGGUGGAGAAGCAUCAGCUAGUGGGAGAGAGAAAUGCCUCAUAAUGUAAAUAUGUUAUUCAAUCACUUAAGAACUACAUCCAGCAUAUUACAAUAACUCUUAGUCAUUUUGAUCCUAGUCAUUUAAACAUGUCCUGGUUAAAUUAAGCACAGAGCUAGAGUAAGUAUUGAAUUGCAUUUAAAAACAAAUGUAGUUAUAUAGCCUGUAAUGCCUUUUCAUAAAUAAUAUUAUAUUAAUUUCCAAUAUAAUGGAGCUUAGGAUCAUCAAACUCAUAAAUAAUAUUUUGCUAAUAGUAGGUUACUGAUAUUUUAAAAUAAUGACUGAUGUGACAUUAAAAAAGUUAAAAAUAUUCCAUAAUAUUGUUAGAGUGAAAAUACAACGAAAUUACAGUCUCUAGGACUUACUGUUAUUUAAUUGCAUGUGCUAAAAUACAGACAAAACAAUAAGGACAUUAUCAUUAAAGAGAUAUGUAGGUAACAGGGAGGUGUACUACAGAAGUUUGUUACUUAGAUGCUUAGAAAUAUAGAUACGGUAAGCUAAGGACUAUAUUGUUUCUCUGCAAUAUUUCAUUUUAAUAUUUAAUUCUGCACCAAAAUAAUCUAUGGUAUAUGUUAUGUUCAAUGGCAAAACAUUCCAUUAAAGUGGAAUUAUUGUAUAAUAAUAUUCCAGAACAAUCUGAUUUAACACAAUAAAAAAUCACUAUCUGUUCAACUGAACGAUUAUUUGUGAGUAUUACAUAAUGUGACACUAUAAUAACUAUAAUGCUCAUUAAAACUGGAUAAUGUCAUGGUGGAACUUUCCAACCAGUGCCAAAUUGUAGCUAUGUUGAAAAUAAUGUUUCUUACUCAUAGCCAAGGCUUAGUUACAUGGUGCAAACUGCUAACUGGUAAAUGGACAGUCACUGCCAUCAAUAACUCUUAUUUCACACAAAGAUAGUAUGUAGUGGCUAUCAACAAGGAGAGCAGCUAUAUUGAUGACACUAGUCAAUUAGAUAGAUCGUUAAGAUCUGACAUAUUUGGAGUUUAUUCAAUAUUGUGUGAUGUACAUGAUGAAAUACAUUUAUAAGUCCUUUUGACUCGUAUGCGGCGUGAGAAGCGCACUAGAGUAAUUGAGCAGGUCAACUCGUACGUUGGCGCGCAUUGUGUAACCAAGCCAUUUGAAACUGAUAAUUUUUUAAAAUAUUAUGUUUUAAUUAAUUCAUAGUAUUUUUAUUUAAUUAAUGGGUCCAUUAAACAUAUUUUGUAAAUAAUGUAAAAUGUCAAGUUAUCAACACAAGGUGCAUUAGGGUAAUUAGGUGCCUAUUCUUAUACAUUAUUGUUUUUAUGAGUAAGGUGUAAUGUACUAAUACUUUGUUAUUAGCGCCUAUCUCUGGUUUUAUUUAUGAUUAAUAUAUUAAGCUUAAUUAU